UUUUCCCUUUUCUUCACCAAAACGCAAGUCCUUUUCGUUGCAUGAAACAUUUACUGAAUCUCGUGCGUUACACGAAAACACAAGGCUGUUUUGUUUUCUUUGCUUUUGUUGGUUAAUUUGUUGAUUGAUUCUGUUACAUGUCUGCUUUCAUAUCAAUGAUUGGUUCUACAUUUUAUAUUUUAUUUCUUUUCCUUUCUCUAAAUUGAACUAAACUUUGUCUUGUGUUGUCUUUUCAUGAAAAGAAUCUUGUUGUUGCUGACGCUUCAUAUUGAAGGUUUGUCUGGUGUUUGACACGUGUCGUUGUCAGCCACCGAUGAGUGUGGUUAUAUUUAAUGACGUCUAUUUUUCUUAGAGGGUGUCUAGUUAAGGAAGCAAAUAUAGUAAUAAUGUCUUGAAACAUAUGUUAAUAUUGUGUCUCGUAUCCGUGUCUGUAUUAGUUGAAGUUGCUUGUAGUUGAAGCCAUUGGUAGCUAUAACUUGACAAUGUUGUGUUACUUAAAUUGGUGGAUUUUGUAUUGACUAUUAAGGAGUCGUGUUGUGUGUUGAAAAAUUACUUUUAAAUGAGUGGAAAAGAUUGAGAAGUUGUUUGGAAAGUGGAAACUGGAACAUCGAAGACGAUACCUUAACUCGUUUCUAUUUAUAGCAUUUGGAAUUGGUGUCUAUCUGCAACUUUUCAUGUUAUUUGUUUUUGUUGAUUUAGUACUUGAACAAAGAUAAGAUUGGUUUGGUUUUUUUUUUUUUUUUUAUAAGAAAGAGUGAGUUGAUAUGGGGGGACGAAGUUCCAAGGAAGAAAGUUGGAGGCAGAGUUCAAAUUCUUGGAGGGAAUAUAUCGAUCCACAAUCGAGUUAUGGUCAGGGGAGUUAUGCUUAUGAAUAUGAUCCACAUCCCUCUUAUUCUUCUUCGCAGCUGUAUUAUAACCCGCCUCCUCCAAGUUACUAUGGUGCUGGCGAGUUUUAUGAGAGUCGUAGAGUGGCCUUUGAUGAAGGUACAAAGUUGCAAAGGAAAUACUCAAGAAUUGCUGAUAAUUACAAUUCCAUAGAUGAGGUUACCGAGGCUCUUGGACGUGCAGGCCUUGAAUCUUCCAAUCUUAUUGUUGGUGUUGAUUUCACAAAGAGCAAUGAGUGGACAGGGAAGAAUUCAUUUCGCAGACAAAGCUUGCAUCAUACUGGGAGUGAUCUAAAUCCCUAUGAACAAGCAAUAUCAAUUAUUGGGAAAACCAUGGCAGAAUUUGAUGACGAUAACUUGAUACCUUGUUUUGGAUUUGGAGACGCAUCAACGCAUGAUCAAGAUGUAUUCAGUUUCUAUCCUGAUGGAAGUUUUUGCAAUGGAUUUGAAGACGUGCUGAGUCGGUAUAGGGAAAUUGUUCCUCAUCUUCGACUUGCAGGUCCUACCUCAUUUGGGCCAAUAGUUGAAAUGGCCAUGACAAUUGUUGAGCAGAGUGGGGGUCAGUACCAUGUUUUGGUGAUAAUAGCAGAUGGCCAGGUAACAAGAAGUGUUGACACUGAGUAUGGAAAACUAAGUCCACAGGAACAGAAGACUAUGGAUGCCAUUGUCCGGGCUAGUAAGCUUCCUCUUUCAAUUAUAUUGGUUGGUGUUGGAGAUGGACCAUGGGACAUGAUGAAAGAAUUUGACGAUAAUAUUCCAUCUCGUGCCUUCGAUAAUUUCCAGUUUGUGAAUUUCACGGAGAUUAUGUCAAAGAAUACACCUCCUUCACGAAAAGAAGCAGCAUUUGCACUUGCAGCAUUGAUGGAAAUUCCUUCUCAGUAUAAGGCAGCAAUAGAGCUUAAUCUAUUGGGCAAAAAGGAGGUCAAUGCUUCUCAAAGAGUUCCCUUACCACCCCCAUAUAUGAGAACUUCAAAGCCUUCUCAUGCAGCUAGGUUUGAGCCGAUUAUCCCUCGCCAGUAUGGCAACAGCCUCCCAAUGGGAACAGCUCCUUCUGCCCCAAGUUCGACUUACGACAAUCAACUUUGUCCUAUUUGUCUGACUAAUACAAAAGACAUGGCCUUUGGAUGUGGACAUCAGACUUGUUGUGAAUGUGGAAAAGAGCUUAAGUCAUGCCCCAUCUGCAGAAGCUGCAUUAACACUAGAAUUAAGCUUUACUAAGGUUAUUGUUGUUGUUGACCAUUCAUGUACAUGUAUCAAUCUAAUUAAUGAAUUUUAUAUUACUUUUUCUUUCUGCCA